CUUAUUCAAUAGAGACACUUGGAUCAGCCGAUGAUUACCACUUCAGGUCUUCAGCUGCCUUCAAAAAUGAUCUCGGCAGCAGAUGGGGAGAUUUAUCUCAAGUUGGGUCCAAAGGGAGGGAAGGAUGGCUUUCUUGAAGCAUGGGAUGAUGGUUUUGGAGGUGAUGUGAAGCAGAUUUGUAUAUGCCAUGGAGAGUAUAUCGACUCCAUCCAGACCACAUACGAGCGGGACGGGAUCACUGUUGUCUCCAACAGGCAUGGAGGCACUGAAGGCAAUUUUGAUGUGAUUUCUUUCAAUGAACCUCUCACUUGGGUGAGUGGGUAUUACGGCCGAUGGUGUCUUGACCCUGAAGAUGCGUGGAGAUUGGACGAAGACGACCCGGGUAAUUAUAUCACGAUCAUUAGAUCACUCAAGUUUGGCACUGGUCGAGCAACAUAUGGACCUUUCGGUAAAGAGAAGGGGGAGCGCUUUCGUUACAACAGCAGCACCGGCAUUUGUGGAUUCCAUGGUUACUGCUCGAAUGGUGAGUCUGGUAUGCUCCGCGCCAUGGGGGUGUAUGUCAGAGCCAUGGCAGUGCGCCCUAUCAACAAUGAUCCGAUUCCAACUAUGGCCACGCCAACCCAGGCUAUUAUCUCACCUCCAUUGCAGGACAUGGCUGAAUCCAAUGAAACAUCAACCACAGGGAGCUAGCAGAUGGUAGAAUUUGCAGGCAGAUGAUGAUGUUUCCAUGUACAACUUCUAAUGGCCUGGGCAAGCAUAUGUUUUAUUAGUGUGCAUUAGUACUACCAGCAGCAGUGUUUUUUUUUUUUUUUUCUUUUGUUGUUGUUGUUGUUGUGUGUGACAGAAGGGACUGAGGAAGUUAUUGGAUUGAUGAUUAUAUAUUUCAGUAUUUUCUUUAAUAUUUGAUGUACCAUAUGAUUU